GGCAGCAGCAGCAGAGAAUCCAAACCCUAAAGCUGAUAUCACAAAGUACCAUUUCUCCAAGUUGGGGGCUCAGAGGGGAGUCAUCAUGAGCGAUGUUACCAUUGUGAAAGAAGGUUGGGUUCAGAAGAGGGGAGAAUAUAUAAAAAACUGGAGGCCAAGAUACUUCCUUUUGAAGACAGAUGGCUCAUUCAUAGGAUAUAAAGAGAAACCUCAAGAUGUGGAUUUACCUUAUCCCCUCAACAACUUUUCAGUGGCAAAAUGCCAGUUAAUGAAAACAGAACGACCAAAGCCAAACACAUUUAUAAUCAGAUGUCUCCAGUGGACCACUGUUAUAGAGAGAACAUUUCAUGUAGAUACUCCAGAGGAAAGGGAAGAAUGGACAGAAGCUAUCCAGGCUGUAGCGGACAGACUGCAAAGGCAAGAAGAGGAGAGAAUGAAUUGUAGUCCAACUUCACAAAUUGAUAAUAUAGGAGAGGAAGAGAUGGAUGCCUCUACAACCCAUCAUAAAAGAAAGACAAUGAAUGAUUUUGACUAUUUGAAACUACUAGGUAAAGGCACUUUUGGGAAAGUUAUUUUGGUUCGAGAGAAGGCAAGUGGAAAAUAUUAUGCUAUGAAGAUUCUGAAGAAAGAAGUCAUUAUUGCAAAGGAUGAAGUGGCGCACACUCUAACUGAAAGCAGAGUAUUAAAGAACACUAGACAUCCCUUUUUAACAUCCUUGAAAUAUUCCUUCCAGACAAAAGACCGUUUGUGUUUUGUGAUGGAAUAUGUUAAUGGGGGCGAGCUGUUUUUCCAUUUGUCGAGAGAGCGGGUGUUCUCUGAGGACCGCACACGUUUCUAUGGUGCAGAAAUUGUCUCUGCCUUGGACUAUCUACAUUCCGGAAAGAUUGUGUACCGUGAUCUCAAGUUGGAGAAUCUAAUGCUGGACAAAGAUGGCCACAUAAAAAUUACAGAUUUUGGACUUUGCAAAGAAGGGAUCACAGAUGCAGCCACCAUGAAGACAUUCUGUGGCACUCCAGAAUAUCUGGCACCAGAGGUGUUAGAAGAUAAUGACUAUGGCCGAGCAGUAGACUGGUGGGGCCUAGGGGUUGUCAUGUAUGAAAUGAUGUGUGGGAGGUUACCUUUCUACAACCAGGACCAUGAGAAACUUUUUGAAUUAAUAUUAAUGGAAGACAUUAAAUUUCCUCGAACACUCUCUUCAGAUGCAAAAUCAUUGCUUUCAGGGCUCUUGAUAAAGGAUCCAAAUAAACGCCUUGGUGGAGGACCAGAUGAUGCAAAAGAAAUUAUGAGACACAGUUUCUUCUCUGGAGUAAACUGGCAAGAUGUAUAUGAUAAAAAGCUUGUACCUCCUUUUAAACCUCAAGUAACAUCUGAGACAGAUACUAGAUAUUUUGAUGAAGAAUUUACAGCUCAGACUAUUACAAUAACACCACCUGAAAAAUAUGAUGAGGAUGGUAUGGACUGCAUGGACAAUGAGAGGCGGCCGCAUUUCCCUCAAUUUUCCUACUCUGCAAGUGGACGAGAAUAAGUCUCUUUCAUUCUGCUACUUCACUGUCAUCUUCAAUUUAUUACUGAAAAUGAUUCCUGGACAUCACCAGUCCUAGCUCUUACACAUAGCAGGGGCACCUUCCGACAUCCCAGACCAGCCAAGGGUCCUCACCCCUCGCCACCUUUCACCCUCAUGAAAACACACAUACACGCAAAUACACUCCAGUUUUUGUUUUUGCAUGAAAUUGUAUCUCAGUCUAAGGUCUCAUGCUGUUGCUGCUACUGUCUUACUAUUAUAGCAACUUUAAGAAGUAAUUUUCCAGCCUUUGGAAGUCAUGAGCCCACCAUUGUUCAUUUGUGCACCAAUUAUCAUCUUUUGAUCUUUUAGUUUUUCCCUCAGUGAAGGCUAAAUGAGAUACACUGAUUCUAGGUACAUUUUUUAACUUUCUAGAAGAGAAAAACUGACUAAGAAGAUUUAGUUUAUAAAUUCAGAACAAGCAAUUGUGGAAGGGUGGUGGCGUGCAUAUGUAAAGCACAUCAGAUCCAUGCGUGAAGUAGGCAUAUAUCACUAAGCUGUGGCUGGAAUUGAUUAGGAAGCAUUUGGUAGAAGGACUGAACAACUGUUGGGAUAUAUAUAUAUAUAUAUAUAUAUAUAUAUAUUUUUUUUUUUUUUUUAAAUUCCUGGUGGAUACUGUAGAAGAAGCCCAUGUCACAUGUGGAUGUCGAGACUUCACGGGCAAUCGUGAGCAAGUGAACACUGUUCUACCGAGAACUGAAGGCAUAUGCACGGUCAAGGUCACUUAAAGGGCCUUAUGAAACAGUGGGGCCGGAGAGCAUCUUUCCCCUGUGCUUGGAAACCUCUCUUCCUUCGUGACAUUUAUCACCUCUGAUGGCUGAAGAAUGUAGACAGGUAUAAUGAUACUGCUUUUCACCAAAAUUUCUGCACCAAGGUAAACAGGUGUUUGCCUUAUUUAAUUUUUUACUUUCAGUUCUGCGUGAAUUAGCUUUUUCUCAGAUGUUGAAACUUUGAAUGUCCUUUUACGAUUUUGUUUAUAUUGCAGUAGUAUUUAUUUUUUAGUGCUGAGAAUUGUAUGUCAUGUUAGCAAACGCAGCUCCAACUUAUAUGAAAUAGACUUACUGCAGUUACUUUUGACCCAUGUGCAAGGAUUGUACACGCUGAUGAGAAUCAUGCACUUUUUCUCCUCUGUUAAAAAAAAUGGUAAGGCUCUGAAAUGGAAUAUAUUGGUUAGAAUUUGGCUUUGGGAGAAGAGAUGCUGCCAUUUAACCCCUUGGUACUGAAAAUGAGAAAAUCCCCAACUAUCCAUGCCAAGGGGUUAAUGAAACAGAUAGCUGUUGACGUUUGCUCAUUUAAGAAUUGAAACGUUAUGAUGACCUGGCAACAAAAAGUAAUGAAGAAAAUUGAGACCUGAGUGAAGAUAAGAAAUGAUCUUUACAUGGCAAAAUGAACACAUCUUGAGUAUUUAGGAAAUGGGCAGUGAAGGCUAAGAACCUGGUGUGUUUCUUGGGAUCAUGGUACAUUUAUCACUGAAUUAAGCCAUCAGGGAAAAACAACAAAAAAAGAGAACGCCUCCAGCUUUUCCUUUUCUGUAUAUACUCAUGUCCCCAGAUUCCAACAUUUCUCACUGAAAGGGGGCAUGUAUGCAAACCUCAUCUUUCUCCUUCAUUAAUGAUGAUCUUCAGAUUAAACCCUUUGGUGCUAGGAGCUGACAAUUUCCAAAGCAGCCUGUGAAGUCCUAGGGGCUGGGGGCCACUCUUGCGGCAAGCAGAAGGCCAUCCUACUCCGCGGAGUGAUCAUGGAAAUGUAUUUUAGUUAAACUCUGACAGCUCCCAAACGGAAGACUACAGCAUGACGUAGUAUUAUGAUUGCAUUGUAUGAAAGAGCAAGUGACUUUCUAAGUAGGAUGAAUCAUAUUCAUAUGCAGAUGUCUUAGCCUCUUGACGCUGGAAGUGUGGAUUUAUAGCUAUGAAACCACUGCUGGCAGUGGGUGGGCCACUGGGACUGACGGGGGGUUAAAGGGCAUUUUACUAAGGCAGCUAAGACAUAUUCAGACAUCAACGUUAUCCUUAUUUUUCAUAUUUCUACCUGAGUGAAGUUCAUCCUUAGUAUUGAGUAGGAAGUUACAGUAAAUGGUAGUUCAUUCUUACUUACACACAUAGCUAAUCUUUUUUUUUUUCACUUGGAAUUAUGUUGAAUGUUUCAUUUUGACAAAAAAGUAGACUAGAAGGUAUGUUCUUUAAGUUGUCUUGCAUCCAUUAUAUAAGAAAGAAACAGGUGAGAGGAAGAGCAGAAAGCUGAGACUGGCUGAUGUUCAGAGCACUUACUCCUCUAGAGGGAAAGCAUGACACCGCACACUAAGCACACAGCUUUUUGUUGUUUGGGUUUUUUCUCCCGCAAAUCUUAAAGUGAUUCCCAUGACCUUGGCCAAGGACACUUCUUAAAGAUUAAUGACUGGCACUGACAUUGCCCCAGGCGGGCCACUCCUCACACUGGCUCUCAGUCUCCAGCCAUGCCUGGGGCUCAGUCACUUCUAUUCCACCCUCUGAGACUCCAUUGGUGUCACACAAGGUGUCUUCUUGGCUUUGAUUUUGAGAAUCCCCUAUUUUCACUUCCAGAUCUGUCAGCUGCCAUGGAGGAAUAACAGAAAACCAGAAAUGCGUGUAGAGGGAGAUUUCUAAAACUUCCCUUGUGUUGCCCAUAGUUGUAGUUUUGGGUUCUGGCAGGUGGAACACCCUGAAACCUGGAAUCAUUCUAUGAGAAUACAGUUCAGACUUUGCAGACUCCAGCCCAUACUAACUGUCAUGAAGCUUGACUUCUUGUCAUAAUGCAGCCAUCUUGGAGGAAAUUGGCCAUUUCUGCUUGGAUGGUUGGCAGCGUCGUGCUCAGCUUUGCUUUCUACACUAAUUACAUAGCAUUAUUCAAGUAUUGUUUUCCAUUUCCCAUCCCUGAUUUCCAGCUUCUUAAAGCUGACUGUUCUUGCAGGGGCCACUUGCUUCUCCUAGAGUACAAAAGUAAGGGCCUUCCUUACUAACUGCAGGGUCUCUCUAUUACACCUCAACGUACACACUUUGCUGCUACUGUUUGUACUGUCUACAGUAGAAUUUCCUUAUCUUGCUCCUGGUAGUGCAUUACAGGCAAGCAUGAAAUGUAAAGUAUUUAUUUAAAUAAAAAGAAAACCUCUAAAUUGGUAAUUGAAUUACCUCCCUGUAGCUUUAUAGUUUGUGACAUUUCUUGACCUUGCUAGUUCUUUCAUUAGAUCUGCGCAAGAUCUAGUCAUCUGGUUAAGGAUUUUAAGCAGAUGCAACUAUAAACCCAAGAAACUGUAUUACUAUUACUGUCGGUCAUACUAAACCUGUCUAUUUCCUGAAGUAUAUGACCCACAAGGAUGUGGAAUAACUAGGAGAAACUGUUUUUGUACACUGUACAUCCUUAGUAUUUUUACACGUAUAUGAUAGGGAUGAACAUGAUUUUCCUUCGUACAGACAGCUUAAAUAAAGCACUAUGUCAAUCUGCUA